AUGACAUCGACCGCCUCGCCAACGGAAACAACUCUCAAACCUGCUCUUGUGCGGCGAAAUCUCCCUGGAACUAAGCUUGAAGAUGCGUAUCAAUUCCCUCACAUAUCAUUAGACAAGUACGAAUCUGCGUUCGCAUUACAAGAGUAUUUACAGUCAUUAAUACGAACCGACAAAGAAAAUAUAGAUUUAUUAGUUGAAUUACCACCAGGUCACGAAGAGGAGGCUUGGCAAUAUGAACAUUUGAGACAAUUGUGCCUUGAGCUCAAUUACUUAGUAGUUCAACUUGAAGCUGAAUGUAAUCGUCAAUCAUGUCCCGAAAUGAAAGCUGAUGAAUGGAUGUAUCUUUGUGCUGCACAUCAGUCCCCUACAAACUGUUGUGCGAUCGAUUACAUUGUGCAUACUUUGGAUGGUGCAACAACAUUACUUAAUAGCCAAAAGUAUUUUCCUAGCAGGAUAUCGAUACCCGAAUCCUCAUUAAAACAUUACCAAUCCAUAGCGAGAAGACUUUAUAGGAUAUUUGCACACGCUUGGUUUCAUCAUCGUGAAGUAUUUGAAGCCUUCGAGAACGAAAAUUUAUUAUAUGCUCGAUUCCUAAAACUUUCUGAUCGCUAUGGAUUAGUGGCGAAAAAUCUUUUAAUUAUUCCUCGGAGCAAUGAUAUUGAUAAUGAUAGUAGAGAUAAUAUUCCUUCUUCCGAAGUUUCCGAGUUGACAUGA